GCGCUCAGCUAACCAGUCUACUUGGACAAGACGCCGCUCUCCUUUUACUAUUUAAUCGAAGAUCUAAGCUCUGCUGAUUCGACAUGUGGUCGUCUUCUCUCUUCCAGCCCUCGUUUAGCACACCGAUGGCAGUGAGAGUUCCCGUCAGUGCGCUGUGGCCUCAGUCGGAGCUUCUCUGCAUUCAGAUGGAGAAUGAAAUGGCGAGACAGAUGGACAACAUGAGGAGAAGCGCUGACCUGAUGAAUCAGCUCCAGUAUGUCUUACGGAGAGAGACCCUUGAUGCAGAGACAGUUCCUAGAUCGGCUGCAGGUAAAGCACCUUCGUGCAAAGUGGAAAAGGACGGACAGCACUUUUCUGCUACUCUGGAGAUGGAAGACUUCACUCCCGAGGAACUGACAGUUAAACAGGUGGGAAAGAAAGUCCUGUUGAGCGGAAAGAAAGAAAAGAAGGAGGAAAGCGAGGGGGGAUCCUACAGCUACAAGUACCAGGAGUUCAGACGAGAGCUCGAGCUGCCAGAAGACGUGAACCCCGAGGAGAUGAGCUGCUUGCUAAACAACGGACAGCUGCGCAUCGAAGCACCAAGGAUGGCACUGCCCAGUGUGCCCGAGAGAGUGGUGCCCAUUAAAAGUGACAACUCGGGGUGCAUUAAUGGUGGAGAGGAGCCAAAGAAGGAGUGUGGAAUGGAAAGGGAAUGAGCAAAUGUUUGAAUGGACGCGCUUUUCCAUUGGAUAUUUCAUAAAAAGAUGCAGAAAAUUGUCUGCCAUUGUAUUUGUUUAAAAUACUGGAUAGGUAUGUAAUAAGCCUUGCAUUUAAUUUGCUAUUUUUGUUUUUUCUGUGGCUGUAUUUCCUAUUAUUGGUUUUGAGUCUCAGCUUUGUAAAUGGUAUGGGAUAUGUGAGAGGGGAGAAAAUGAAAACAAGUGUACUGUAAAAAAAUAAAGCCGUUAUGCAGAUAGUUUGUAAAGCUCAUUGUAAGAGAGAAAAGUUGAUUUACUUUUUGUGAUUGCAUUUUUCAGAAUAAUUGUGUUCUCCUCUUAAUCUUUAAAGAUUGUUUUCCGUUAUCAAUUUAUGACGUUUAUCACAGGGAUACAUGUGCUGUAAGCCUUGCAUUUCUUUGUAUUAGUUUUUCCCCGAGGCUGUGUUUCCUAUUAAAAGUUUUGCCUCUUAACUUUUGUAAAUGGUUUGGGAUACAUAAGUGGGAAAAUGUUUACGUUAAAAAAAAUAAAGAUGUUAUGUACAGUAGAUAGUUUGAAAAGCUCAUUGCAAUUAAAAACGUUGAUUUACUUCUUUUGUGGUUGAAUUUUUCAGAAUAAUUGUUUCCUCUAUUCUCCUCUUAAUCUUUAAAAACAGAUUGUGUUCUGUUGUACAUUUCUGAAGUUCAUCAGUUCAUUGUUUGUAAAGUUUCAUAUUAACUAAUCAAUAAAAGUCAGUGCCAAACUGAAACUUGUGAACCGCA